AUGGCGAGCCGUAUUAGCGGGCCGUUGCUCCUAGCAUGCUCGUUCGUUGCGCUAGUGGCGCUGGGCAGUCUUGGGAAUGCCGAGGCGGGGCUGACAAAGCGGUGGUCCAAAAAGUUCAAGGCCGCGCGAGUGAACCUUCCUCCUGCAAAGCUCUUCCCAAAGACGGACAAGAAGAACCGACUCGCACGAGCCACCAAGAGGUAUGAGGGCGAGAUGGCAGGCCCGGAGAGUAUCGCGUGGGAUCCUAAUGGCAAGGGCCCGUACGUCAGCUUCAGCGACGGGCGAAUCAUGCGACGCAAGGACGAUGACAGCGCUUGGGAGGAGUUCACGUACGCGUCGCCGCUGCGAACUGCGGCGAAAUGUAACUCAAAGAAAACCAACCCGGAGCUGGAAACCACCUGCGGGCGGCCGCUCGGCCUGGCGUUUCACCCCACUACCGGGGACCUCUAUUUCGCGGAUGGGUAUUUCGGCCUGCAUAAAGUCAGCGCCGCGGGAGGGCAGGCUACGAAGCUCGUCUCCGCACUCGACGGGAGAAAAUUCAUGAUGACGAAUGACCUAGAUAUUGACGCCGACGCGAAUGUCGUGUAUUUCACGGACGGCAGCUCGCGUUGGUACCGGCGAGAUUUUCUGCCGCUCACGCUGGAAGGCCGGAAGGACGGACGGUUCAUGAAGUACGACAUCGCGAGCGGCGUGACGACGGUGAUUGACGAGAAAGUGGCCUUUGCUAACGGCGUGGCGAUUUCGCAGGAUAAGACGUUUGUGGUGUACUGCGAAACAACCUAUCUCAGUGUGGCUCAGUUUUGUACCUGCUCGUCUGUGUGUCCUCAUGCUCGACCCAAUCAUGCAAUCCGGAUUCUCCCUUCCCUUCAUCCCUCCACUCCCACAGCUGUUGCAUCCCAAACCCCUUUCAUCCGAGAGACAUUUGUGGAAAACAAGCUUGGGUACAAGAUUGUGAAGGCCACACAGGACCAGAGGGCCAGUGGCAUUGUGGUGGAGGUAGAUGCUGAUGGCAAAAUCACCAACUUGCUCGAGGACAAGAACGGGAAGGUGGUGAAGGAUGCGAGUGAGAUCGUGGAGCAUGAUGGGAAACUGUGGAUAGGCUCAGUUAUUGAGGACUAUAUUGCCACCCUCAAGUCCAAGGAUCGGUGUCAGGGCGACAGCAGCAGCAGCAGCAGCAUGGAGCCCAUCUGUGGGCCCCCUUUGAGACGUCUAACAAGCAAAUCCUCUCUCACUCACCACCCGCCCUUUGAGGCGCCUCAAAAGUCAUCGGUGGGCGCCCUUCGAGACGUCUCACAGGCAAAUCCUCUCUCGACGUCAGGCCAACAGCAGGACCACCAACAGCAGCAUGGAGCCCAUCUGCGGGCGUCCCUUGGGUCCAAGGAGCGGUGUCAGGGCAGCAGGACCACCAACAGCAGCAUGGAGCCCAUCUGCGGGCGUCCCUUGGGUCUGCGCUUCCACCCAGUCACGAGCGACCUUUACUUCGCAGACGCCUACUUUGGGCUGCACAGAGUAGGGCCGGGCGGGGGCAAGGCGGAGAGGCUGGUGGACGUGGUGGCGGGGAAGCGCAUGCUGAUGACCAACGACCUUGAUAUUGACGCGGACGGGAAGAAUGGCGUCGUGUAUUUCACUGAUGGGAGCACCCGGUGGCAAAGAAAGGAUUUCUUCCUGGCAACACUGGAAGGGCAGCCGGACGGGAGAUUUAUGCAAUACGACAUUGCAACGGGGCAGACCAAGGUGCUGGUGAAGGGGGUGGCGUUCGCCAAUGGUGUUGCGAUCUCCCGUGACCGCACGUUUGUUGUCUUCUGUGAAACCAGCUACAUGCGGUGUCAUCGGUACUUUAUCCGAGGGCCAAAGAUGGGCAAGGCUGAAAUGUUUGUAAACCUGCCCGGGUAUCCUGACAACAGGUCCUGGCAAGGAGCCCCUAUGCGCUCUACAGGCUUCUCAUUACCCAAGGUCCUAGCAAGGAGCCCCUACGCGCGAUACAGGCUGCUCAACGACCCGGUAGGGCUGCAGGCUGCCUACGUGGCAGCGGUGGGGCUGUCGCACGGGAUUAUAGUGGAGGUUGACAAUAAGGGGGUGAUCACAGACGUGCUGGAGGAUAAGCUGGGGCGGAACGUGGUGGCAGCGAGCGAGGUUGUGGAGAAGAAGGGGAAGUUGUGGAUCGGGUCGGUGAUGGUUGAUGACUUUACUACGCACCAUCUCGCACCUCACCUUUCAUUCAACCAUGCCUAUCCCUCUCCUCGUCUCGCCCUCUUCCCCGUUGCAGCGCCAUUCCACUUCGCCCCGCUCCCAGCCCCAGCAGCAGCCAGCGCGGAUCAGAUUGCGGGCGGUGGUGGCGGGAGGUCGGGGGAAGGCGGGGCGGAGGCGGGAGGCGGAGGGGAGGGGCGGAAGGAGGAGGUCGGGGAGUGGCGGCAGUGGAUCCAGCAGGCGCUCUCCAGUCCAACCUUUUCGACGUUUCAGUCCCUUCGUGUACCAAUGGCAUAUCUGUUCCCAACCAAGCUUCCUAAGCUUUAA